AGCAGCGAUUCUGUUCGAACAGAUACGUAUCCAUACGGCACGUUUGCACCCAAACGUCAUUUCCAUCGCAAGGAAGUCUGGACUCCCAAGACGUCCAUCAUCGUCCACUUUCCCACAAGAACAUAACCCCCAUUUGAAGCAGAAACCUUCACAGAUGUCGCUCGUGAAGACUAUCUCAACACAGGCUCAGUAUCAGGCCUUGCUGUCCCAGGCGGACGCGAAAAAGUUGAUUGUGGUCGAUUUCACAGCAAGCUGGUGUGGGCCAUGUCAGAUGAUGAAGCCUGUGUUUGCGGAACUCAGCACGAAGUAUAGGCAUGUGACGUUUGCCCAGGUGGACGUGGAUCAAUUACAAGAAGUGACAGCUGCGGCAGGCGUGCAGGCGAUGCCUACUUUCCAAUUCUUCAAGGCUGGUUCCAAGAUUGCAGAAUUGAAGGGAGCCAACAAGCAAGGGCUGGAACAGCUGGUUAAGCAAUAUCAGGGCCCGGCGGAUGAAUCGAGUGGGAACACAGCUCACGGCGGCCACAGCGACCUCCUUGAAUUCAUAACGCAAGGUCAACUGGAGUGCCUGAACCAAAGCGACGAGCACCACGUGAAGAACGCCUUUGACAAGAACGAACAGACCUACCUGGAAUCCGACGUCGACGAGCAACUCAUCUUCAACAUCCCGUUCAACCAAACGGUAAAGGUGCAUUCGCUGAAGAUCGUGCCUAAGAGCAAAGAACAAGCACCCAAGACAAUCAAAACCUUCGUCAACAAAUCCCACAUCCUCAGCUUCGACGACGCCGAUACCGUCGAAGCCACCGAGGAGAUUGAGCUGAAGGAGUCUGACUACGCGUCUGGGGCCGCUGUUGUCCAGUUGCGGUUUGUCAAGUACCAGAAUGUUCAUAACAUCAACAUCUUCAUCAAAGACAACAUCGGAGACGAGGAAGUCACGGCCAUUAAGCAGUUCUCGCUGUACGGAACCCCCGUCGAGACGACCAACAUGAACGACCUGAAGAAGGAUGCGCCUGGUGGGCCGGGCGCGGGGCCUUCACAGUAAGGGUGUUGUGGAAUGUAAUAUGGCGGAUUUGUCAGGAGAACCCCUGCCGCCGUGCACUGUAAAGUAUUGCUCAAAUAUAGGUUCUAGAGCUUGGAAUGUAUCUCUGCUUGAUCGGUUCUUGAUGGGAUCAUGAGUUGCAUGCCACCAUCUGGCCCUCUUGUCUUAGGUCCCAAUGCGUUGGUCGCAUGAUCCGGGCUUACGUGGCAGAGCAAAUUCCAGAAACGAAAGUUGAUUGGGGCGAGCAAGAGUUUCCCAAGCUGGGCCGCAUAGUCGCGGCAUGAUGCGUCAGGGUGUAUGUGGAUUAGCAUCGGUCGCCGGCCGAGUCGUCAGUUUAUAGCAUAUAAGUGAUUUAGGUGCUCAGUUCCCCGGCAGGCCGUUGUUGGCAUUUUGGGUUUCAUCUGCGUUGGGUCUGGAGAUUUGAAGUGCGAGGAACACUGGUG